ACGUUUUUAUAUAUCAAUCUUAAUUAACGACAAUUGCCGUUUUUAAUUGACCAUUGGUCGUAAUGUAAUGAGUAUGAUUUCAGGAUACAGACAACAUAAUCAACUGCGCAGAGUUUGGCCAGCUCAGACGAAGCAGGAGUGUAGUCGUAGCAAGGAUCCGUUCGUGCAUUUAAUAUGCGUAAUUCGAUCAAUUAUUGCUUGUUAAACUCGUCGGAUCCAUGGUGAAGAGAAGGAAAACAUCAGCUGCGACCGAAGACCAUGAAAAUGGGAUGACAGUGGGCUCGAGGGACGGCAUCGGUGUCCAUGGAGUGAAUAAUUCGUUCAGAAAGCAUGAAGGUUGUGACGAAGAGGAGAGCGGUGAUCAGGGGAGCGAGGAGCGUAGUACAAAGAGAGACGGAAUGGAAAUACUUGAUCCAUCAACUACGGGCAGCACCAGUUUACCACUGGUGCUUCCGACCCCUGUACCAAACCAGUCAGGAUCUGGUUUAACCCAACGUCCCCAGACAUCGUCAGUACCAUUUCUUCAAAACCAUGAUCAACAUCAUUUUCUGAGAUCCAGUGUUCGACCUCCGAGCAAACGGAUCCGUAAAGACUCCAUCGCCACAACUAUCAAUGGUCACGGCCAUUCGAAAUUGAAAGGGUCUGAGAAUGGGCCCUCUGCUCAGGUGGCCAGCGGUCAGCCUGGCCCAGUGUCCGGGCCAGGGGGGGCCAAGGCAGCCUCCAGGAGCCAGGGCCCCAGCGACAAGGAGGAGCUGGGGGGCAUUCAGAAGAGGGCUCGUCGGCAGUGGGAGUCCUGGAGUGCGGACGAUAAAAACAGCUUCUUUGAGGGUCUCUAUGAGCAUGGGAAGGAUUUUGAAGCCAUCCAGACCAACAUAGCGCUGAAGUAUAGGAAGAAGGGGAAGCCAGCCAGCAUGGUGAAGAACAAGGAGCAGGUCCGCCAUUUCUACUACCGCACCUGGCACAAGAUCUCCAAGCACAUCGACUUUGCCAACGUGUCCCGCGUGCUGAAGAGGUCCUCCCAGGAGCUGUAUGGGCUCAUCUGCUAUUCUGAGCUCAGGAAGAAGGUUGGAGGAUUAAUGGACGACAAGAAUGUAGCAAAGCUAAAUGAACUCAUCCAACAGGGGGCCACUACGGUGCGUUCCAAAGGCAGGAACCUGAGGAUCAAAGCGCCCAUGUGUCGAGCCAUCAAGAGACUCUGUGACCCGGACGGUGUGAGUGAUGAGGAGGACCAGAAGCCCGUGCGACUGCCCUUAAAGGUGGCGGUGGAGCUGCAGCCACGAAGCAACCACUCCUGGGCCCGUGUCCAGAGCCUGGCUCACAACCCUCGUCUCAGGAUGGUGGUCGAGCUUCACAGGAAAGUCUCCAGCCUCAUCGAGUUCCUGAAACAGAAGUGGGCCGUCCAGGACCAACGCAUCCUAAAGAGUUUGCAGGAGAGUGAAGCUCUUGGCUCCCAGCAGGCCCUCCCUGCUCCGUGUAAACCUGAGCUGGAGGAGCUGUUCCUCUACCCGGCGCAGACCAGCCCCCUGGCCACCCUGCCGGGCGUGGCACGCAUCGUGCACUCCAAAGCUUCCUGCACCGUGCACUGGCAGGAGAGCGGCAGGUGUCGCCCUGGUGCCAAGGAGCUGCCGGGGGUGCAGAUCCUGGGCAUCCAUGGUGCGGCGGUCCUCAGGGGCCCUGCCAGGACGGCCAGGGGAGCCGCUGCAUCAGCCCCGCCAGCAGAGGCACCGCCCGCUCCGGGGCCGGAGGAGAAGAGCACAGGGCCCUCGCCUGCUCCACCUCCCACAACACAGAGACCGCUCACUAGCAGACAGGAGGCCGGCGGGGGGAGUGGGGACCGGGGGAGGGGCUUCUCAGAGGGCGGGGAAGGGUGCGGGGAGCCGAUCGCCAAGGAGGGUGAGAGGGAUUUGAACAUGCAAGGGAGCUCAGUGGACAAAUGCGGAGAGGAGUGCAUGGCAGGGGUCAGCACGACCUCCCCAGGGGUCAGCACGACCUCCCCAGAGUCACACCUUGCUUCAGAGGAGCCGGUGCUGGAGCUAGGAAGCACAGUGCACCCUGGGAAGGAGGAGUCUGGGGAGGCCCCCGCAGCCCCUGGGGGGAGAUCAGCACAGCAGAUCCGGGAGGAGGGCUGGAGUGCCGGUGGCUCUGUGACGCUAGCGGAGCUGUACCUUAUGCUGGGGAAGCCAGGGAAACUGCAGCUGGAGUACGAGUGGCAGCCGGCCGUGCCCAGCGGGGGGCAGGAUGCGGGUCAGCCCUCGCACCUGCACCCUGCGCCUCCGGCCAACACACACCGCGUCCUGCGCUGCCUGCUCAGACUGGCAGCCUCCCAGAUCAACCCCAAAGCAGCUCCAGAGCUGUGCUCCACUGCCACAUCCCCCCUCAAGCCCCCCCAGGAGGAACAGUCCCCCGCCCCCCCAGGGAGGAGCCCUGCCGGGGGGGGGCGCAGCCCCAACUGCAGCCGCCAGCAGGCUUCCCUGCGUGGGGCAAAGGUUAUCCUGCCCAGCGCUGGACCAUCAGGUGUGCGGAACCUGCCCAGGUCUCUGCUGGUGUCGGGCGGUGAUGCUGAAGGGGGAGUCUUUGCUGUGCCAACCACGCUGCCCCCCAACAGCUCCCGCCACUCCCGCAUGUUCUCCCCGAACAAGGAGGCAGAGCUGGCCUUCCGGCAGCAGCUAGACUCCAUCAGCUCAGACAUUUUCCUGUCAAAGCAGAGGAAGUUCCGGAGCCGACAGCUUCGGAAGCCCCUCGUUGUGCAGCGGACAUUGCUGCCACGCACCACAGGAGACGCCCCUCAGCAUGUGUGCUCCUUCUCCAUCCUCUCCAACUCAGCCGCCACAGGAACUGGCUCCUUUCGGCCAAUCCAAACCCGGCUGCCCAAUUGCUCCCGCCCCCCCCUCACCAAGUCUUCGAUUAUGUCUGGUCCUGUGAAUUCCUCGAAGCUUUCCAGUGCAAUAGAUCUGGCUGCCAAGUCAGCAGGCAUCAUCCCAGGCAGCCCCUGCAGAGAGCUGGAGGCCGGGGGGCCCUGCAGAGAGCUGGAGGCCGGGGGGCCCUGCAGAGAGCUGGAGACUGGGGGCCCCUGCAGAGAGCUGGAGACUGGGGGCCCCUGCAGAGAGCUGGAGGCUGUGGGUCCCUGCAGCCUCCUGGCUCCAGAGCCAGCAGCUCAUGCUGGGCCACAAACACAGUUUCUACAGGAGGACGGAACUGGGACCGGCCCGUCUCCUGGAGGUCCGUGCGGAGGAGACUCUCUCCUCUCCCCGCCCAGUGUUGCCUCCCUCCUGGACAUCUCCCUCCCCGGCCCCCCUGAAGAAGCCCUGGUCCCCGGGGAGCCCCAGACACACAUCAGUGACUCCAUCAUCGAGCUGGCCAUCAACUCAGCCCACUAUGGUGACGAGGCCUCGCUCUGCCCAGCCAAGCUGAACGGCAGCUCCAAGCUGCUGCCCUCCUCCCCCUCUGUCAGUCCCUCCAGGGGCUGGAUUCCUUCACCCUGCCAUGACCCCCAGUGGUACCCCAACGACUCCACAGAUUCCUCUCUGGGCUGCCUCCUGUCGAGCCUGGUGUCUCCUGAUAAGGGCAGACGGACGCUGGCCCGCUCCGGGCCCUCCAGCGGCACAGCUCUCCUGGGCCCCAGCCUUCUGGACUGCAACUCCCAUGAUUCCUUCCAGUCCCGCGGGCUGCCAGACGUUGCAGAGGUGGACACACAGCUGGCCUGUAUGAUGAGUGAGAGCAGCGUGGAUUACAUCGCUCGAUUCAACGACCUGGCGCAGGAACUGUCUGUCACAGAGUCGCCCCUUCCACCUCCGGGGGUUUGACUGGAACAACGAUCAAUAAUUGUCUUCUCACUGAAUCACUCCAAUAAAAUGAUAGUCUGAUCGCAACCCCUAACCCACACCUAGUACAGGUGAUGAAAGUGCAAUAAUACCUGCUCUAACCCACACCUAGUACCUGCUCUAUAGAGGGGAGUGUCUUUGGAAUGGUCCCAACAAUUUGUGGUUGGUUCUACUUAGUUUUCCCUUGAUGCUUUGCAGCUGUUCUGCCCACUGAACAAGCCUUAAAAACACUAAGUGAGUAUGUUUACAAAACAACCUCAUAAAGAAAGAGAACUUGACGCCA